AUGACGGUUUUUAAAAGCCGCUGCAAGGGAGAAAGAUGCUGCUACUGCUGCUGCAGAAUCGGAUACCUGCGCCAGCGCAGAUACGUACCGGCGUUUACUUGCCUCGAUAACAGCCUUAGCUCCGACAGCAAACUGCUAUCCACUGCUCUAAAACCUAGAGUAUCUAAUAUAAUUACACAAUUGCGUGAACAAGUGACGGUGGUGGAAGACGUUAAAGAGGUGGUAGCUAAUCGGGCAAACCAAACUCAAACCUGGGUGGAAGCUUCUUUAGCUCUCCUCUCCGAGCUCUCGGAGGUGGAGGGCAUUCUGCUGAUGGUGCACGUUAUCAGUUUGGGAGUAGACCAAGAAGAAGAAGAAGAAGAAGAAGAAAAUAAAAUGGAAAAUGAAAAAGGACGUACAUCAAGAGCUUCUUCGACCUCGAGCCUCGGCAGAGAGGUCCGCUGUGGGUGUCAGUACUUCAAGAGUGAUUCUUUGCUGCCAGAGAGACGGGCGAUGAUGAUGCUGUCGCGACCUUCGUCCCGUGCCUCAGCCAAGACUCAGCCAGGCAUUAAUAAAUUAUUAGCACAUGUUUACCGAGUAUUUAGAGCGCUGACGGAUUUCGUAAUCGGGUUGCUUAGUAAUGCAGUAAAUAUGGACGUGGGUAGUUUGGGUUACAGCCCGGCGUCGAGAAGCUAUUUAAGGUCCGCCCGGGCGCUAUAG